UCGAUUCCGAAUCCAAUCGAUUGAUUGAUCGAUCUUUCCCCAAUUCAUUCCCCAUGUGAUUACAAAUUUUGAUAAGCGCAUUCCGACAAAAUUUUAAAAUUUCUUACUCGAAAUUUUAAACUUCCUGUAUUGUUUUAUUUAAUAUUUUGAAUUGUUAUGGGGUGAAAAUUCGAAAUGUUUAAUAUUCAUGAAAGUUUACCAACUUGCCACGAUCUUGGCGAAAAACACCGCACCACCGAUGUAUUAUUUGGUAAAAAAGUCACAUUUUCAUCUUUACUUUUAAAAGAAGAAAUUCAACAAGGAUUAACGAGAUGUGGUUAUAUAUAUUUGUCACCUAUUCAGAAAAACGCUCUACCUCUAGCUUUAACAGGAACAUCCAUAAUUGCUCAUGCCAAAUCUGGUACCGGCAAAACUCUGGUUUAUUGUCUGAGUGCUCUGAAUAACGUAUUGGAAAAAAAGCAACGCAGUCUUCAAUGUUUAAUCUUAUCUCCAACUCGUGAAAUCGCCAAACAAAUCUACGAUGUGUUCAAAAACGUCGGAUUCUACAUAAAAGAUUUAAGAGUAGAAUACUUCAUCGGUGGAACCCCAUUAGAUCUGGAUGUGUUGAAAUGCAAAGAUUGUCAAAUAGCUAUCGGUGCUCCGGGUCGAAUAAAACACUUAAUUGAUAUGGGCGAAUUGAAAGUUGACCAUGUGAAAAUGUUGGUGCUAGAUGAAGUGGAUGCGUUACUAUGUAAUAAAGAAUUUGCAAUAAGAGAAUUAGCUUCGCAACUCCCAGCUGGGAAACAAACCGUUGUAUGCACCGCUACCUUUUCUGACCAUAUAAAACAGUUACUUAAUCCUAUAUCAUCGACUAUUAAAUACGUGACUGUCAACGAAUCAAUGAAUAGCGAAAAAACCGAUCAAAUCACAUCAAACAUCCUGAUUGGUAUUAAACAAUUCGUUGCUCCUGUGUUUAGCGAUUCGACAUCAUUGGACGCCAUUCGAAAAAGAAACAAAUUAAUCGACAUAUUACGAAAUUUUAAAUACGACCAGUGUUUCGUAUUUGUGAACUAUGUAACAAUUGCUAAAGGACUGUGUAAUAUGCUAGUGAGUAAUAAUUUUCCCGCGCUUUGGGUAUCGAGUGAACAAAAUCAGUCUACUAGAAUAUCAACUCUGAAUAAAUUGAAGCUGAAUCAGUGCAAUAUACUGGUCACCACCGAUCUGGCUGCUCGCGGUAUAGAUGUUCAUAAUGUGAAUUUAGUUAUCAAUAUGGGCAUUCCUAGUCCGCCGGAUGUAUACAUUCAUCGUAUGGGAAGAGCUGGUCGUUAUGGAAGCGAAGGUGCUGUUAUAACAAUACUUCACGAAGGCUACGAAAUGGAGCAAUUCUAUAAGGUAGUGAGUUCAGUUUCGACAGAUCCGGUAGAUUUGUUCGUUUUACCUGAUGCAGUUCCUAAAACCAUCAACGAAUCCGAGCUUCAAAAGGUUCAUUGCAAACCAGAUUCGAAUGCGCUGCCUAAUGUGAAUGAAUUUCAGUUCAAAAAAAAUAACGAAAAUCAAACGAAAUCAACCACUAAGAAAAAGUCGAAAAAAUCAAAAAAGAAAAAACAGUCUAAAAAAGAAGAAUCUUCGCCUCAAGUAUUAGAAUCGAACUCCGCUUUCGUUGAAAAAGAAGAAGAUUCUGCCGAAGAAUUUAUACCGGAUAAUGUUGCUGUUGAUAAAGAAAUGGAAACCAUCGUCGAACAUUAUAUCGAAGCGAUCAAAGAAGAAGUUGAUCGAGGUAGUGUUUCCGUCGAUGAGACUAACCUUAGAAAUCUGUUCAAACCAUCGCGCAAUAACGUCUACGUUGUUCAGUAUAGCAAUUUUUAUAAACCGACUUUUAUCCAAAUACCUGAAGGAGAUGAAGAUGAAGACGAUGACGUUUUUAUUCAAACAAUCGACGAUACUUGUGUGAUCGAAUAUAUGCGUUACAUAAAAAAUAAGCACGCGUUUUUAGACGAGCAGAAAAUACCUUGCAGUAUGACGCAAUUUUUAGAACUGGUUAAAUGCAACGACUCUCUUAUUCGUAGAUUCGUCUCGGUCGACGUUCAAGAUUCCGUUAAAGACAUUUUGGAAAAAAUUCGUAAUAUGUUGACGGAAAAUAAACGAAAGCAAAGUGUAUCCGUGAAAUCGAUGAGGUCAGAAACAAGCAAUUUCGUAAACAUCCCUAAUGAUCCUUCGAGACGAAUAAAUCAGCAAAUGAAAUUCUAUCGAGCGGAAAGCUUAGACACGAUGAAUAGUAUCGAACAUGAAACAUCCAAUUGGAUGGUCAGUCGUACCGAUUACUUAUCGAGGCAGUAUUCGCCGAAACGUGGAAGUCGAGAACAUUCCACUCUUCCUAUUCCAAAUUUCACCGAUGAUCCUCCAGAUUUACAUUCUGAUGCACCAUACACCGUGUUCAGAUCUUCACGUAAUGAUAUUGAAGAUGUUCAGCAGACAGAUUAUGACGAUGAAAGUUACCAACAAUCUACCACGCCGUUAAACACUACUCGUGUGAAUAAUUCAAAUGAAAUACCUAAUCCACAUUUACAUCCCGAAUAUGUAACAUGUCCCAAUUGCCGACACGAGUUCAGGUUAUCUAGAUCAGAAAAUUUACCAUUUUUACCCUCAAUGAAAUCUCACGUCGAUGUAGGAAUGGAAAGAAGAAUAUGGCAACAUCAUUUUAAUUUUAUUAGUUCUCAAAUGUCAUCUCGUUCUUUCAUGUUCGGAAAUAGAAAUAGCUGAUUUUUUUACGAUUUUAUCAAGUGUAUACGAAUGUGAUAUUAUGUAUUUAGUGCGUAACUUUUAACCUGAAAAUGUUUUCAAUCAGGAAAUGAUUUUUACGCCGUUCAAUAUAGUAUUUAAUUUUUUAACGUUAA